CAGUGCUUUCUCCCCGCAGACAUCAGGCUGGUGUCUGAGCAGUUCUCGCAGUCCCCGCAGAGGCUGUCUUUCUACAGCUGGUAUGGCAGCGCCAGACUCUUCCACUUCCGAGUGCCCCCGGAUACCGUGCUGCUGCGCUGGCUGCUGCAGGUGUCCCAGGGUGGUGACCCCACGUGUGCGAAGGUGGAAAUCACCGUGUACUUCCGAUAUGGUGCCCCUCCUGUCAUCAACCCACUGGGUACCAGCUUCCCUGCCAACACCUCCAUGCAGCCCUCCUUCCUCAUCAAGAUGCUGCAGAGCAAUGCUUCCAUCAACAUCUCCCACCCAGCACCUGGGGACUGGUUUGUGGCUGCCCACCUGCCCCCCUCAUCCCAGAAGAUUGAGGUGAAGGGCUUUAUUCCCACCUGUGCCUACAUCUUCCAGCCUGACAUGCUGGUCGUGCGGGUAGUCGAGGUCUCCAUCCUGGAGCCCAACACACCCUUGCCACAAACCCUCCUCUCCCAGCCCAGCUACCUCAAAAUCUUCGUCCCCGAGUACACCCAGGAGCUGCUGCUGGAGCUGCAAGGCUGUGUGUCCAACAGGAGCCUAGGCUGCCCUGUGCACCUCACUGUGGGCUCAGCUACUCUGCCCAGCAACUUUCAGAAGGUGCUCACCUGCACUGGCCCCACCCAAACCUGCCGCCUGCUGUUGCCCUCGCCACCCUGGGACCGGUGGUUGCAAGUGACAGCCAAGAGCCUGGCAGGGCCUCAUGUGUUGGUGGCUUUCAGCACUGUAGCUUCUCUCACAGCCUGCAGGCCUUGGACCAUCAACUUCCAACAUCUCCUGCAGAACAGUCCAAACCAGAGCCGCAACACUUCCAAUGGUCUGCUGCCCCCGAGCCCUGGCUACCAGGACCUUGGCAGGAGCAGCGCUGUGGGUGGUGGCCCCUUCUGCCAUCUGAGCUACCAGGUCAUGCGGGAAGACAUGGACGUGGUGUCCGUCCACUUCAGGCCCCUAGACAGGGUCUCAGUGCUGGUGCGGUCGGACGUGCCUUCGGUGAUGCGGCUGCACCUUAACACAGGCAUGGACAGUGGGGGCUCCCUCACCAUCUCCCUGUGGGCCAACAAGAGUGUGAUCUCCAACAACACCUUGGUGAAGGUCUGCGUGAACGCUGCCUCGCCCUUCCUCAGCUUCAACACGUCGCUCAACUGCACCACAGCCUUCUUCCAGGGGUAUCCCCUGUCUUUGAGCACCGUGUCGCGCAAGGCCAACCUUAUCAUUCCCUACCCAGAGACGGACAGCUGGUACCUCUCCCUGCAGCUCGUGUGCCUUCAGAGUCCUGAGGAGUGUGAGAAGUCCUCGGUCCUCGUGGAGACUACCUUGUCUUUGGUGCCCUGCUUGAAUGACUGUGGACCUUACGGCCAGUGCCUCCUGCUACGCAGACAUGGCUACCUGUAUGCGGGGUGUAGCUGCAAGGCAGGCUGGCGUGGGUGGAGCUGCACGGACAACAGCACAGCCCAGACUGUAGCCCAGCAGAGGAUGGCCGCGCUCCUACUCACCCUCAGCAACCUCAUGUUCCUGGCUCCCAUCACCCUCUCUGUGUACCGCUGCCUCCUGGUGGAAGCCUCCGUCUACGCCUACACCAUGUUUUUCUCCACGUUCUAUCACGCCUGCGACCAGCCGGGGGAGGCAGUGCUGUGCAUCCUCAACUAUGACACCCUGCAGUACUGCGACUUCCUGGGCUCUGGAGUGUCCAUCUGGGUCACCAUCCUCUGCAUGGCACGGCUGAAGGCAGCCCUGAAAUAUGUUCUGCUUCUCCUGGGCACGCUGGUGUUCGCCAUGUCCUUACAGCUGGACCGCAGGGGCGCCUGGAACAUGAUGGGGCCUUGUCUCUUUGCCUUCGUGGUCAUGGUCACCAUGUGGGUGUACCGCUGUGGGCACCGACGCCACUGCUACCCUACCUCCUGGCAGCGCUGGGUCUUCUUUCUCCUGCCUGGCAUCUCCAUGGCCACUGUGGCCAUUUCCAUCUAUGCCUCCAUGAUGACCAGUGGCAACUAUUACUAUACCCACAGCAUCUGGCACAUGCUGCUGGCAGGGAGCACGGCGUUCCUGCUGCCACCACGUGACAAGCACACUGAGCCCUGGGCCUGCUCACAGAAGCUCACCUGCCACUAUCAGAUCUGUAAGAACCACCAGGAGGAGCUGUACACGGUGACAUGAUGCAGCCAACUCAGGGACAUGCACAGCUUUGAUGACAACCUCUUCAGCCAGGGGCAGGACCACGGGAGAGGGACCUUGUCCGGAUAGAUUGCCAACUGAAUAAAAUGGCCCUGCUCACCCAUUUGCUUCCUCCUGCCGAGGAAAGGACCACACCCCCCAAUUCCCUAGUCCUUCCUGGCUGCCAGCUGACCCCAUCCUCUGCAGGCCCAGCUGGUAUCUGCAGUGGCCCCUGGGGCCAGGGCCUGGCUGCCUGGAGACCACAGGUGCCGUUUGGAGGCAGGCUCUGUGUUCUGCCGGCCAGGCGACAAUUGGAGAUGUGGAGAAAGAUUCUCUUAUCACCCUGUUUUGUGAGGCUGUGAUGUGAGACCCAGGGAGGCAGAGGAGACUUGAGCCCACCUCCCACCGGCCCCCAACACACUGAGGCUUGGAGCUAUGCCCCUGAAUGCCAGUUUAUCUUGGGUAUGGGGAUGCCCCCUGCUGAUGCAGUUGCCCUGGGGAGGGGUGACCAUGGCCACCAGAGAGCUGAUUGGCACUGGGGGACAUAGGGUUCAGCUGCCAUGAGUGGUGGCACAGGAGAGGCUGGCUUCUGGCUAUAGUGCCCUCUCCUUUCCCUCCCUUUGGUUCUCAGCUUUGAAGCUGCAAGCCCCUGAGAAGAGCUCCCCGGGAAGGGGGCUGCCGAGCUGCUCUGUGGGUGCCAGCAAUGUAGGGUAUACUCUGCUCCAACUGUGUCCCCACUCUUCCCCUGGGGAGCAUCCUCUUGAUUUGCUGUCAGGAGUGGAGGUGAUGGCUGCCCCCCCUACACUGGCCCAAGCACGUGUUUGGUUAGGGGGCUGCUAGAGAGACCUGGCCCAGCCUUUCUACCUCUUCUGUGGGGGAAGCAUGGUAAGGGACGAUGACUGCCCCAAGGAGCCGUGCCCUGCCCCUUCCCAAGGCAAGAGCACAGUGGGCUGCUGUAUGAGGGAUGUGGAACAGGGCCAAUGCCAAGCCUCGCUCACUGAGGCCAGGCUCAGCGCCCUUGGGGCUCCCUUCGGGGUCCUGUCCAGGGUGUGGCCUCACUAGAGGCCUCCCCCACUUCCAGUCACUCUGCAUAUGGCCAACAUAGCAUUCGCUAGGCUUAUAAAGGGGAAACAUUUAUAUAUGGUGUUCUUUGGGGUAAAAAUAUUUAAGACUAAUAUAUUUUUAUGUAGCUCUGA